AACUAUUCAACCAAGAAACACAAUUUCGAGCCAUACCACACAAAUUAGUCAUCAAUCCAACAGGAAACCAAAAAAACAAAAAAACAAUAGUUUCUUCUCGUAAAUAAUUCCCUCGUUAUUUACUGUACAAUUCUUUUUUGUUUAAUGGACGGCAAGAAAUUGGAAUACAAAGGCGAUGAAGCACUGAAUGAGCUGGAGAGGCUGACAAGUAAAGCAGGUGAAGUUCAACACGAAAUUUUGAGAAAAAUUUUGGAACAAAAUUGUGAUACAGAAUACUUGAAAAAAUAUUUGGGAAAUUCAUCAAAAUCAGCGAAAAGCGUGGUUCAUUUUAAGAAUCGUGUUCCUGCAAUAUCGUAUAAGGAUAUCCGUCCUUACAUUGUUAGAAUCGCUAAUGGUGAGGAGUCCACACUUAUUACUGGUCAUCCCAUAAUCGAGAUGCUUUGCAGCUCCGGGACGUCGGCCGGAGAGCCCAAGUUGAUGCCGACGAUUGCGGAGGAUCUUGAUCGCCGUACUUUCCUCUACAAUCUCAUCAUGCCAAUUAUCAACCAGCAUGUCUCCGGGCUGGACGAAGGCAAGGCGAUGUACCUCUACUUCGUGAAGGCGGAGAUGUCGACCCCGUGCGGGCUGGCAGCCCGCACAGUGCUGACCAGCUACUACAAGAGCGGUCACUUCUCUCGCCGGCCCCACGACCCAUUCAACGACUUCACCAGCCCGGACGCAGCCAUCCUCUGCCCGGACAGCAACCAGAGCAUGUACUGCCAGCUCCUCGCCGGCCUCGUCCACCGCCGCCGCGUCCUCCGCCUCGGCGCCGUCUUCGCCUCCGCCCUCCUCCGCGCCAUCUCCUUCCUCGAGCGCCACUGGCGCGACCUCUGCCGCGACAUCCGAGCCGGCUCCCUCGACACCGCCGUCUCCGACCCCGCCUGCCACGCCGCCACCCUCAGGCUCCUCGGCCACCCCGAUCCCCGCGCGGCGGACGAGAUCGAGGGCAUCUGCGGCGGCGCAGCCUCGUGGCGCGGAAUCCUGUGCAAGCUGUGGCCCAACGCCAAGUUCAUCGAGGCCGUGGUGACGGGGUCGAUGUCGCAGUACGUGCCGGCGCUACGCUAUUACAGCGACGGGCGGCUGCCGUUGGUUUGUACGAUGUAUGCUUCCUCGGAGUGCUACUUUGGAGUUAAUAUGAAGCCGCUCUGCGAUCCCACGGAGGUUUCCUUUACGCUGCUGCCCAACAUGGGCUACUUCGAGUUCAUCCCGCUCGGUGAGGACGGCGUGCUGUCCAUGGAUUUUGACGACGACACACCGCCUCCGCCGUCUGACCUGGUGGAGCUCGUCGACGUUAAGCUUGGCUCUUACUACGAGCUUGUCGUCACCACAUUUUCCGGUCUGUACCGGUAUCGCAUCGGCGACGUGCUGCAAGUGACCGGAUUCCACAACGAGGCGCCGCAAUUCCGCUUCAUCUGCCGCCGCAACGUCGUCCUGAGCAUCGACAACGACAAGACCAACGAGGAGGACCUCCACCGCAGCAUCACCGCCGCCGCCCGUCGCCUCCUCGAGCCCCGCCACGCCCUCCUCGUCGAGUACACCGGCUACGCGGACACCUCCUCCAUCCCCGGCCACUACGUCAUCUACUGGGAGAUCAACGAGGAUAUCCAUCCCCACGCGCCUCCGCUCCCCGCCGACGUCCUCUCCGAGUGCUGCAUCUCCGUGGAGGAGGGGCUCGACUACGUCUACCGCCGCUGCCGGACCAACGACAAGUCCGUCGGCCCGCUCGAGAUCAGGGUCGUCAAGCCGGGGACGUUCGAGAAGCUCAUGGAUCUGUUCAUCGCGCAGGGCGGCGCCUCGAUCAACCAGUACAAGACGCCGCGCUGCGUCAAGUCCAAGCCGGCGCUCAAGCUGCUCAAUGCUAACGUGCGCGACUGCUAUUUUAGUCCCAGAGAUCCCAUCUGGAACGCUUGAAAUUGGACUGGAGGAAGGAAAUAAAAUUUGGGAAUUAGGGUUUUUACAAUUCGUAGAAGUAGUUUCUGAUAUGUGGCCGUUGAUGGCAAGCUUAUUUGCUACGUGUAAUGAUCCAGCGAUCAUGAUCUUAUUCGGGGCACAAUUUCGCAUCGCAAUAAAUAACAAUUUUGAUUUGCA